AUGGUCCAUCAAGAACUUAGGAGUCGUUGGUAUGAUUUAACGGCUUUCAUGCCGGCGGAUAAACGUGACAACUGGUGGAAUAUUGUUGCAUCAGCUUAUGAACAACGUCCAUUCAGAGGCCUGGAACAUUUGGCUAAUAUGCUCCAAUUAUUUGAUAAAUGUAAAGAUAGUCUCAAAGAUCGUUAUGCCACAGGAUUUGCCAUUUUUUUCAAAAAUAUAGCCUAUGAUCCGUUGUCCGAAGACUCAGCUGAGAAGAGUGCUAAGCUACUCCGUGAUUUCGCCCAAGAAACAACCUUUGACUCGGCUAACUAUGUAGCAGAAAUGAUUGUCGCGUCCGGAUCAUCCACUACUGAUGCUCAUUUAAAUGCUGGACAAACAGGCUCUGAUGAUCUUCAUUAUCUUAUUGAUUUUGACAUGGCAUUUUUGGCUGAUCCUGAAGACAAAUUCCAAAAGAAUGAACUGGCUCAACGAAAGGAAUAUGCUCAUCUGACUGGCGAAGAGUAUGCUAAGCAACGUCUGAAGGUACUCAAACUUUUUCUUCAAAUCCCCAACAUAUUCGCCACAGCUGAGCUCAGACAAGAGUUCGAAGAACGUGCCAGGAAAAACAUCAGUCGUGAAAUUGAACUCCUAGAAAACGGAAAUCGAAAAUACGAUUAA